AUGAUUGCCAGAGGCUUAUUUAAGACUUAUAGAAAAAUAGAUAAACUGUAUGAUUGGCAAGAAGAUUGUUUGAAUUUAGAUGCCAUUCACAAAAGGCGUAACCUAAUUUACGCUUUGCCCACAAGUGGUGGCAAAACUUUGGUAGCAGAAAUCCUUAUGUUACGGGAAGUGCUGAAUAGAAAACGCAAUGCAUUGUUUAUUUUGCCAUUUGUUGCUCUAGUACAAGAAAAGAUUUGGUCCCUGUCACCAUUUGCUGUGCAGUUAAAUUUCUUAGUAGAGGAAUAUGCGGCAGGCAAGGGCCACUUACCCGCAAAGAAGAGACGGACAAAAAACAGUAUUUAUGUUGCUACCAUAGAAAAGGGCCUAGCUUUAUUGAGAAGCCUCAUUGAGUUUGAUAGACUGCAUGAGAUUGGUCUUAUAGUGGUAGAUGAGCUUCAUUUAAUAGGAGAAGAAGGCCGUGGGGCUACGCUCGAAACUUUACUGGCCACUGUGUUAUUCGCUGAAAAAGACAUUCAGAUAGUGGGAAUGAGCGCCACAAUAGGCAACCUUGACGAAGUGGCUGAGUUCCUGCGGGCUGAGGUUUUCCAGAGGCACUUCAGGCCGGUGGAACUUACCGAGUACGUGAAAUUGGGCGACGUUCUGCACAAGAUUGUUCGAGGUGACAACGGUUUCGAAAUAAUCCCGGACAGGCAGUUGAAGUAUGAUUACACGGACGCGGCGCUGUCCCUGGACCCGGACACGCUGGGCGGCCUGGUGGCCGAGGUGGUGCCGGCCGCCUCGUGCCUCGUCUUCUGCCCCACGAAGAGCAACUGCGAGAACGUCGCCUCGCUGCUCUGCAAAAUGCAGCGCAAGGAAAUGGUGGCGCACCGGGCGGCGGAGCGGGCGCAGCUGGGGCGGGCGCUGCGUGAGGAGGGAGGGGGCGCUCUGCCCACCCUAGUCAGCCGCGGGGUGGCCUUCCACCACGCGGGCCUGUCCGCCGACGAGAGGGCGCUGCUCGAGGCAGCCUUCCGGUCGGGGGCGGUGUCGGUGCUGUGCUGCACGUCGACGCUGGCCGCGGGCGUGAACCUGCCCGCGCGCAGGGUGAUAGUGCGCGCGCCGCUCGUCGGCCGCGACUUCAUCUCGCUGGCCGCCUACCGCCAGAUGGUGGGCAGAGCGGGCCGGGCCGGCGUCUGCGAUGCCGGGGAGAGUGUGGUGAUAUGCGGGCCGCGGGAGUGGCCCCGGCUGCGCGGGGUUCUGGCGGGGGGGCUGGCGGGGGCGCGCAGCGCGCUGGCCCCCUCCCUGCCCGCCCUCCUCCUGCCCCUCGCGCCCGGCCUCUCGCCUUCGGAUGCGCAACCUCAUUCGCUGCACCCUCCUUGCUGUCACACACCGUCACACUGUUGCGACGACGCGAUUCGCUCCCUGCUCAAAAGCGGCGCCCUGGAAUAUGCUAAGAGGGGUGCGCGGUUCGAAUUCGACGACGGCCCGAUCCCAGACGACACCGAGUUUGUGGUCAGCAAGUUGGGAAGCGCCGCCAUCAAAGGUCUGCUGAAGAUAAUUGUCCUCAGGUCCUUCGGUUUUGAUGAGAUCCUCUUAUUAACCGACAGCCGAAGGAGGGAAAUGUUUUUUGACCCCUGCAUGGAUCUUGGCGCGGCGAAGCAGAUGCUCUCGGACCUGGAGGUGGCUUCGAGGGGCGUGGUGCUGAUGGGCAGCCUCCAUCUGCUGUACCUUGCCACCCCGCCAGACGCGGCUGGAGUGCGCCCCGACUAUAGGAACUAUCACUCGAUGUACAGUAAAUUGGACGAGGAGGGUAUCCUGACGGCGAAUAGACUUGGCAUCACCGAGAAAACCGCAAUACGAAUGAUGACGGGCAAAACCAUCACGGACGUUCCGGAGACGGUUCUUCGUCGUUUCUACCUCGCCCUGAUGCUGCACGAAGUGUGGAAACAGGUGCCGCUGCCCGAAGUGGCGGACAGGUUCGGGGCUUCGCGCGGCGCGCUGCAGGGGGCGCUGGCGUCGGCGUCCGCCCUGGCGCUGAGCGGGUCGCGCCUCUGCGAGGCCCUGGACAGGUGGCACUUCGCCGCCCUCCUGGCCGAGCUGGCCCAGAGGCUGCAGCGGUGCAACGCGCCCCACCUCCACCUCCUCAUGGAGCUGCCCGCCGUCAAGAAGGCGCGCGCGAUGCAGCUCACUCGCGCCGGCUACAAGCGGGUGGAGGACCUGGCCAAGGCGUCUGCAGACAACUUGGUGUCCAGCGUCCCCCACUUGUCCAGGAGCGCUGCCAACCACCUGAUAAGCGCUGCCAAGAUGUUAUUAAUAGAAAAAGUGGAGAAUUUGCGAGCUGAGGCCGAAGAAGUCAUGGAUGAGUUAAGA